AUGGUCCAUGACAGUCGUCAGAACACCGCCCUGGCCCUGGUGGUUGUCUUCCCCGUGCUGGCCGGGGUGGCCAUCCUGAUGCGGGCCUGGAGCCGGAGUCUCACGGGCUCGAAGCUGGGGAGUGACAUCAAAGUCAACUACAUCGGCAUCCACACCUGGGACAUCCCCGCGGAUUACGACGAGAAACAAGGACUAAUUUGGAACUACGCAAACCAGCUGGUCUACAACCCCUGCCUGACCAUGAUCAAGCUCUCCGUGCUCCUGUUCCUGCGUCGCCUUGAAUCCCAGUCGGUCGUGGUGAAUCGGCUCAUCUGGUUCACCAUCGCCGUGACCAUCGCCCUGUUUCUCGCCGUCAUCGGAGCCGAUGUCUUCCAGUGUCACCCCGUCGCAUACGUGUACGACAUGUCCAUCCCGAGCGGCACCUGCAUCAAUCAAGGGGCCUUCUACGUGGCUUCCGCGGUGACGAACCUGGUCACGGAUCUCAUGGUCAUGUCUAUCCCAGUCCUCAUCAUGCGGUCCCUGCAAAUGCCGGUCAAGCGGAAGAUUGCCAUCUGCGUCGUCCUCUCUUUCGGCGGCAUUACCACGGGCGCCGGAGUGUGGCGCCUGGCGCUCCUCAUCCAGGCCUUCUAUCCCUCGCACCCCGUGCACGACGCCAGCUACUCCAUCGGCUUUUGCAGCUCCGCGAUGGAGGUGAAUGUCGCCGUAGUGGCCGCCUGUGCCCCCUGCUUCAAAGCCAUUGCGAGCACGUAUCUGCCUCGCCUGUGGGGCACCUCCCAGCGAUCGGAGUAUACCUCCACUCCCAGUAAGCAUCCCACCACGCCAUCGUCCGCGCGGUUUGGCCGGCCCCGUCUCAUGUCAGACCCGCGGGCGGAGGAUGAUACCUUCGAACUCGCGGGGCCGUAUAUCCGGAGGUCGGCCGUGGACCCGGCGGCCAUGGAGCGGGAGAUGCGCAAAUACUAUCACUAUGCCGGGGCUGAGAGGGCCAGUCUGAGCAGCGAGGAUGGUGUCGAAGGGCUGGGGGCGGGCUCUGUUUUGGAGCGGUACGCGGCGGAGUCCCGCACCGAUGUCGACCGGGAGGAGAUCGAGGACAGGGUGGACUGGUUGGUUUAGGACAUUCGCUGCUGUUGCUUCUUUUUCCCCUUUCAGCUAUUGAUAUCCCAUUGCGACCCAGUUCACCCAGCCCUGGAAAAUGUGUUUUGAAUAAUGCUCGUAACGAAAUCUAUACAUUCCCAUCUGAUUCAGUAUGGUACCGAGUAAACCCUGGGUUCCAAGGACAUGACUCCACAUCAUGGUUAUGUAAACACGCAAGUCAAAACAAUUCUCAAUCGGAGUCCUCAUGUCACUCUCCACGACAGCCAUUGCCUACGCUAUAGUACAUAGGAAAUAGCCUUGGAUGUAUGGGACCGUGUGUUUGAGGGUUUAUGCCACGUUGCAUAAUUUGCAUGCAUAGCACUUAGCAUACAUAGCCGGCACGAGCCAUCCCUCUGAUUCACACGGCACCCUCCUUCGGGG